CGUAUCGUUACCAAAUCAUGCUUUUUUUGGUCUGUGCUACUCUUUUUUCUUUUUUCUUUUUUCUUCUCUUUCUAAAGUGGAAAAAUGGCAAGCCAUACUCAAAUGAACGAAGGCUUUUUUGCAGUCAAACCCAAGACAGAUUGUCCUCAUAUACCUCAUUAUGAAAUCAAGGAAAAAGAACCCGACUUAUUUCAUCAGCCUUGUGGGGCUUGUAACGAAACCAAAGAAAACUGGCAAUGUUUCCACUGUCGAGCUGUCUAUUGCUCUCGUUACUGCCAAGGCCAUAUGAAACAACAUGCUGAAGAAACAGGCCAUGCUGUCUGCAUAAGCUAUAGUGACUUAUCUGUAUGGUGCUUUAAAUGUGAUGCCUAUAUUAUUCACAAGGAUUUACAACCGAUGAAAACUAGUCUGUACAGAUUAAAAUUUGAUCAAUAAAUUAGGAUACUCGAUAGUCUUUUCGAUAGUCUUUAUAAGAAGGUGGUGGUGGUUCAAUUGAAUCAUCUGGAGGACGAUAAGUAGAUGUACUUGGCUGCACUGGUGGUGGAGCAUACGUAGGAGGGUAUGUGGAAGAUUGUGUUGGAUUGCCGUUCAUGUCGACCACAAUAUAAUUGGAUGGGGGUAUAGUUGUGUUUCUUUUUUGUGCUGCUGCUCUUUUAAAGCAAUACAGAAUAGUAAUAAAAAGAACAAGAAUACAUAAUAUCCAUACAAUAUGAUAAAUUCCAAAGAUCAUGAUAU